GCACUAAUCGCAGGUUCCCGUCUCAACACUCAUCAAUAUCCAAUCAUACGACUCUAUUUAAGUUGGAUCAAUCGGCUGCGACGACUAGGAUGAAUCGAGUGGUGGGUCAAUUACUCUCCCCAUUUGAUGAUAAUAAUAAAAAACAAUAUUAUUUCGGACCUCAUGUAAUUAGUAUUAACAUAAAUAAGUUACGUUUUAUAUGGAUAAUUUCUGAAUCAACAUAUUCUCCAACAAUAUAUCAUAACAUUUGUAAAAAAAGAAUUGUAUUCUAACAUGAAUCUUGUACUCUCUUUACAAACUAAGUAACUCAAAUUCUUGUAUUCCCCCACUACUAUCAUAUCUCUAUAAAUCCUUGCACGCCCUCAAAAGAUCUCUUCAAACAGAACGUAAAACUCAUCCUUCUUCUUAUUCCAAUGGACAACGACUACUUAGCCGCCGAUCAUCAGCUCCAUUCCUCCACCGCACCACCACUCCACCUUCUCAUUAUCUUCUUCUUCCUCGCCGCCGCCGGCGCCAAAAUUCUGAUCAAAAGGAAGAGCUCAAAUUCCUCCACCCAACAGCUACCUCCAGGCCCAUGGAAGCUGCCCAUCAUCGGGAACCUGCACCAGCUGGUGGGGGCCCAGCCGCCGCACCGCCGGCUAAUGGAGCUGGCCCGGAAACACGGCCCACUCAUGCACCUCCAGCUCGGGGAGACCUCAAACGUCGUCGUUUCCUCCCCUGAGCUGGCCAAAGAGAUCCUCAAGACACACGACCUCAACUUCGCCAACCGGCCGCUCUACCCCGUCGCCAGGAUCCUGUCCUACGACGCCAGGGACAUGGCGUUCGCGCCCUACGGCGACUACUUCAGGCACGUCAGGAAAGUCACCAGCGAGGAGCUUCUCGGCCGGAGGCGCGUCAAGUCGCUGCGGCCGGUCAUGGAGGCCGAGAUCGCCGACCUCGUGACAACCCUACGGAAUUCCAAGGUUAAUUAUAGAUCAUACGUUAUUCACUUGUACACGCGCUUUUGAAAGCUGGCAAGCUCACUAGGUUAAGGAGUUUGCACAAGUCCACCGUACAUCGUGCUUUAAUCAAGCUUUAAUCAACUUUUAAUGUUAAGAGUCGUGGAAAUUUGAACACAUAAAAUUAGGGAUGACAAAGAAAUACACGCGCAACUCGGUAUUUUGGUAUUGUCCAACGUACCCAUAUCUAAUUUUUUUAGUUUGGUUCUAAAUUAGAUCUACGGUAGUAUUGGAAGUCCAUGAGAAUAAUGGGUACUCGAUUAUAAUGCAAUUUUUGUAUUUUUUUUUUUGUUAUGAAACGGAUAGAAACGUGUAUAAUUGUGUUGAAAAUAGUUUUUUUAUUUAUUUAGGUAAGGGUGAUAUAAUUUAUUUAUUUUAUGGUUAGGUACUACUCAAGGGUUUGAGUCUGAGACAUCCAGGUUCGAUGUUAGUUGUAUUAUCAGUUGACUAAACCUUUGUUCGUAAUUGUGUUGAAAAUAGUUAAUGAAACGGUUGAUAUUGU